AUGGCAGACACGGCUACCACCAACGAUGCGGAUGCUGCCGCCCAGCGAGCUGCAGAGCAGGCGCGGCUGCGCAAGGAGCGCAGAGAAGCAAAAAUCAAGGCUGGAGGGUCUGCGAGAUUGGAAAAAAUCACCGGCGUAGGCGGCCGUGUUACUGGAGACUCGGGAACUACAACCCCAUCUGCUCCGGAUGCCUCCUCAACCGCACCAGCAGCUAGCGAACACCACGAUCCCGCCGAGGUCGACAUCUCGGAGCACUUCUUCGCCCCUAAGAAGACGUCCCGCAAACCGAUCGAUGGCGUCUUCUCUCCCAGCCCCGAGCCGUCGCUCUCUGAGGCCCAGCUGCGCCAGAUGAUGCUCGGCCUUGAUCGCCCCGAACAAGCCGGCUCUACCGACGGCGAUUCAACAGGUCUGAGCCUACCUCCAGGCAUGGAAGACGAUCCCAUCAUGAAGAUGAUGUCGCAAAUGAUGUCCUCGGGCGCGAUCCCGGGCUUUGGCGGCGCUGACGGAGCCUCCAACCCUUUCGGCAACAUGCACAUGCCACAGCAGCAGGCCCCCGUCGAGCUUCCCAAAUCCUCAUCCGUAACUCUCUGGCGCCUCGUUCACGCCCUCGUUGCCAUUGGCAUGGGUCUCUUCUUCAUCCUGACCACAAAGUUCACCGGCAGCAAGUUCGAGCGCGAGAGCAUGGCCCUGGCUUACGACCAAGAGGUUGAUGACGAGGUGGAGAGGCGCAAGAACUUGUUCUUCUGGACGUUUGCCACCGCUGAAGUCUUGCUGUUAUCGACGAGGAUGUUCCUCGAUAAGAAGAGUACUAAUGCUACGGGUUUUGUCGCGACGGCUAUUUCCUACUUGCCGCAGCCUUAUCGGGGGUAUAUUGGGAUUGGGCAGCGUUACAUUCAGAUCUUUACUACUGUGAGGACGGAUAUUCUGACGUGCAUUUUUGUGCUCGGGGUUGUCUCUUGGUGGUUGGGAUGA